AUGGCGUCGGAGAGCCUCGCUCCGGCAGGUGGCAGCGGAGGAGCCUCUUCAGAACCCACAGUCGUUACCCCUAAUUGCAUUCAACGGCGCCGGGAAACCUCGCUCCGGCAGGUGGUGGCGGCGGAGCCUCUUCAAAACCCACAGGCCACAACGGCUCUUCAGAACCCACAGGCGACAACGUUUCGUCACCCGGAUUUGUCCCGCUAUAACAAAUCGAAUCACUGGAUUUCGGCGAGUCAAUAA